AUGGCCUUCCAGCACAUCCAGGAAAUCCUGGAUGAGCAAGAGCGGGAAGGCCACUCCUUCAACGAAACAGAAGAACUAACCCCUCCACAGGAAAUAAUAAAAAAUGAGAGACAUUUUGAGCAGCCAGAAAACAAUAUGAGUUUUGCUGCAAUUCUGAAAAGGAAUAAGCGAAAGGAGAGCGAGAACAAACCUAAGGUCCUCAAGUUUGUUAUUGUGGAUCGUCAAGCUUUCCGUUUUGAAGAAGAAGAUUUAGAAGAAUCAGAAGAUGAAUUAGAAUACGAAAUGGACAGUCUGGAGUUUGACAGCCAGGAAGAUGAAGAUGAUUGCGACUUUGAAGGAAGAAGAGGAAAGUUAAUAGUAGGAGUAAGGAUUUUGCAGGUUCCAGAAGAGGAGGGCAAAGGAGGUAUGAGAACACUUGUGCCCAAAACUUUGCCCCUUGAAGAAAAUGAGGAAGGAAAUGAAGUCUGGCCCACAGAAUUGGAAGAGGAAGAUGCCCUCCCACCCAAGGAAGUGGAAGAGGAAAGGAUUCCUCUUGAGACCGAAGAAGAGGACGAUCAGACUCUGAAAGCAGAGGAAGAGGCAAAGGUUUCUCUGAAGGAAGAGGCAAACGUUUCUCUUAAGGAAGAGGAGAAGGAGGAUACAGAUUUGACUCUGGAAAUGGCGGAGGAACAUGUUCUCCCUCCUCUUGUUGAAAAAGAGGAAGGUCCUCUUCCUCUCGCAGAAGAAGAGGAAAAUGAUCGUACUCUGGAAGGAAUCAAAGAGGAAGCUACUGUUCCACUCGAGGAAAAGGAGGAAAUCAAAGAAAAUGUUCUUCCACAGGAAGGAGAGGUGAAGGCUGGACACCAUAAAGAAUACGAAGAUAAGGAACCACAGAAGGCAGGUAACAAGAAGGACAUUCCUCGGAGACAGAUAAUCACUGCACCCGUCGACACGCCGAGGAUGAGACAACCUGAAAGAUGCGGACCUCUCAAACAUGCUGGAGGUCAAACCUUCACAUUCAUCUGCGGAGACAACGUGGAAAUGGCAGAGGUCAUCGGGAAAGGAGGAAAAUACACCCGAAUGGCCAGGGACGUCCACGGGGUCACUAUGAACGUCAGCAACGACAGUUUGAGAAUGGUGACUCUGACAGGACUGAAAAGGAAUGUCGAGGCCGUCUACAAACAAGUCAGGUUUCGAGUCGACAGGAUUUUUGACAUCCAGGAACUGACUAAGAUAUCGAAGGCGCUCUUUGCAGUCGGGAAAGAAGACUUUGUGAUGACUGUCCCAAAGGAGUUCAGGAAGGCCAUAGUGGGACCGCAGGAGACAACCCUCCGUAGAUUGGUCAAGGAGCUGGAUGUGGCCCUAAACCUUCCUAUUGAAGAGGAUCAACGGGAUUACAUCACCAUUUGUGGUCCACUGAAGAAGGCCCUGAAGGCUGAACGAGUUAUAACGGCCAUGCUCAAUGAUAUCAAGAACUGGCCGAAGGAAAAGGACCUUCAGCUCGUCAGCCUAGACUUUUAUGAAUUUGCUUUACCAUUCGAAGGACGACAUCUUCUCCUCGGCCCCAAGGGACAAGCAGUUGAGGAAAUAAGGCGCCUCUAUGACGUGCAGCUGAUUCUCCCCAAGGAAAAUGACAAUAGGGAAGUCUGCCAUUUAGGGGGAGACCUGAACAACGUCUUCAAAGCCUACCAGCACAUCCAGGGAGUCCUUCAAGAGGUUAGUGUGAGGCACUGUGACAUCAUGACCGAAGGACUGACCCGAACUGGUGCAGGCAAAUAUCGCCUGGAAAUCGACGCCCAACACAAGGGGCUUGUGGUAGGACCCAAUGGAGCCAAUGUCAGGAGGAUCGAAAAGACGCACAACGUGAAGAUCAUCAUGCGUAAGAAGACGGAGGCCUUUGUCAUCAUACAAGGCCAACUGGACGACGUCGAGGAGGCUUGUCGAGACAUUAAGGAGAUCUUGAGGCCGACUCUCGACAGAAGACAUAGCAGAAAUCUCCAGCCGAGAGGAACUGACGUCACAGAGGAGCAAAUCGCCCAAAAACUGACAAAGAUUGGAAACUGUUUCUACAAGACAGUCCUCGACUGGGAAGAACGAGCUAUGGUCAUCGGCAAAGGAGGCCAAAACAUCAAGAGGCUGACCAGCACACACAAUGUCACUUUCCAAGGGCCCAAAAUGGACAAUUCGGACGUCUGCACGAUUCGGGGACAGGAAGAGGACGUUCUAGCCUUCUUCGAUGAGGUCCUCGAAAUCAUCCAGAAUAAAGGGCAUCAGAAGAAGCGAUACUUCGGGGGACAAUAA